AUGAAAUAUAUCGAAAAUAGAGCGCCUGAAAAUCUUAUUUUGGUGUUUCAAUACGUCCUUUCUGUGCCAACAACGCCUGGUCCAACAUAUUCGGAGGCGUGGGGUAAUUUCGUGGCAUGGGUUUUUGGCGUGCGUCCGGACGGUUUUUUGGAGGAACAUCUCCAGUUUGGCAGACGCUUGCAUACCCAAUUGCACACAAUCCAGGCAGUGAAGGACCACCCUGGCGUGUGGACUCGAUCUGCUUACAAUGCUGCAGAUGAACCCAACAAAAGGGACAACAUUUUUCCGCAAGCGGCUCAGAAGGCCAAGUGGCAGAGACACGCCCUUCCUCCGAGCCAGGUGUGCUGUUACAAAUGCGGUCGAGCAGGCUAUUAUAGCACGACGCGCCCGGGUGAAUACAUCCUGACCGGGCGCUCCGCCAAAAAACGAGGCCCGGCCCCGGACGCAACGACCCCUUUGGCCUUCGGCUUCAAGGCUGCGGCCCCCGGCGCGUCAAAAUACGCCCGGCGCCAUCACCUUGACACCCCUUCCCCUCUACGGGGGUCUCCCGGAAAUUCCGGCCGUUAUAUGGCAUUUGGGCGUGUUGCCCUCGGCCAUUCCACAACCAUGGGAGUUGUUUCAAGGAGGCUUUGA